CGCCGCCCUUCCCGGGCCCUCCCUUCUCAGUGAUUUUCCUGUCGUGGACUCGGGGCUGAGCGAGCGGACCCCGCCCUAAAGCGCUUGCAACUGAAGCUACAGCACAACCCUUCAUUGUGGAUUGUUUCCAGUAUCCAGACCUCCACAUGUCAGCAGUAGGCUCUUGAUGCCGUCCAUCCUCCUCCACCCCUCCUCACUGUUUUCAAAGAGAGAGGGCCUUCAGGAAACACACCCCCAAAGUGCAGGCAGGCCAGCCAUGAGAGGGUACCUCGUGGCCCUAUUCUUGAGUUGCGUCUUCCUCUAUUAUGUGCUACACUGUAUCCUGUGGGGAACAAAUGGCUAUUGGGUACCAUCUAUGGAUAUCAAGAGUAAAAAUAUCAACACUUGUCCAAAAAAGCCAGCUUUCAGCUCUCUCCUAAGGUUUCCCCAGUUUUACCCCUUUCUGUGUACAUCUGAUUUUGCAAGGAUUACUUCUAUGUACGGUACCAAUAAUUUUGUUUUACCCUACGGGAUAAAGUCAUCAGCGCCAUAUUUUCGAACUGUCCUUUCAAAACUGAAGAGCUGUGAUCUCUUUGAUGAGUUUGACAAUGUGCCGUGUAAAAGGUGUGUGGUGGUCGGUAAUGGAGGCGUGUUGAAGAAUAAGACAUUAGGAGAAAAAAUCGACUCCUAUGAUGUGAUCAUAAGAAUGAAUAAUGGUCCUGUUUUAGGACAUGAAGAGGAUGUUGGGAGAAGGACAACCUUCAGGCUUUUUUAUCCAGAGUCUGUCUUUUCAGAUCCCACUCACAAUGAUCCCAAUACCACGGCAGUUCUCAUUGUCUUUAAGCCACAGGAUUUAAGGUGGCUCUGGGAAAUAAUGAGUGGUACCAAUAUAAACACUAAUGGUUUUUGGAAGAAGCCAGCCUUAAACUUGAUCUAUAAGCUACACCAAAUCAGAAUAUUAGAUCCGUACAUUAUCAGAGAAGCAGCUCAUCACCUGCUUCAUUUUCCCGAAGUUUUCCCCAAGGAUCAGAAACCCAAACACCCCACGACAGGAAUUAUUGCUCUCACACUGGCAUUUCACAUAUGCAGUGAAGUUCACCUUGCUGGUUUCAAGUACAACGUUAACAACCCAAACAGUCCUUUACACUACUAUGGGAAUGCCACCAUGUCUUUGAUGAACAAGAAUGCAUAUCACAAUGUGACUGCAGAGCAUCUCUUUUUAAAGAGAAUUAUAGAGAAAAAUAUGGUAAUCAACUUGACUCAAGAUUGACCAUACAGAUUCAAAGGAUGACGCUAAAUAGUAUUAGUUUUAUUUUUGUACUGAAAAUUUUAGUUUAUUUUUAAAUAUGUUGAAUGAACUCAUCAAAUUAUUAUAUGUAUUGUCUGUUGAUGCCUGGUGAUUUAUAACCACCAGCUUAAUUUCUGUGAAUGUAUUUAUGAAAUACAAAACAAACCUUUUAGUUAUGAUAUCAGGGAACUAUUUAAAGUUUUGACUGUUGUUUAAAACAAGCUGGUGUUUUAAAAUACCUUUUUGUAGUCCCUUCAUCUUAGACUUCUAGGUGAUUUAGCUGAUGUCACUAGUUUUGAUGGUCACAUGUCCAUCAAAUUAUUUAUUAUUUGUUAUUCCUGCCAUAUGACUGGGGGCCAGGUGCAGGAAACUAGAACCUCUUGGUUUUGGAAGUCCAUGGUGUGGUGUUCAUAGUGGUUUAAUUAAGUUCCCCAUGCAAUUAAGUAAACUAGUAAUAACUUGCAGUGUUAGGGAGUAAAUCAGUCUUUUCUUAUAUAUGCUAAGAUGAGCACUCUCACCUUGAUGAGCAUCCUGAGAUUUUUUUUUUUUGUGGGGGGUGGGAUGAGGCACGUUCUUACUAUGUAGCCUAGGCUGGCCUUGAGAACUUGGGUUCUUGCCUCAUCUUCCCAAGUUCUGGGAUUACAUUUGUGUACCACUGUACACUACAGCAUCAUUUUUUUAAAUUAAAAGAAAAAAACAUUUUUUUAAAAAAAUAUUAAAUUAUUAAAAUUAAUAAGAGAACAACAGUCACUGUCUUUGGAGCAGCAUGCAUUACUGGAAAUGUAAGUGGUACUGGCAACUAACUUGCCUCUCUAAAGAGAGUACACGUGAAGAGUUCAGUACCAGGAAAAGGAGGAAUGAAAUAUUGAAAACCAGUUUGUGUUGGAUGGAUAGUGAGGCUCCCUCAUACUGGAACAGUGCCCAGCUUCAUAACUCAGAGGUGGAAGCUGGGCACUAGAAGACUCCAUGUGUUUAUGAGGUGUUUCCCUCUCACUGCAUGGCCACAGGGAGCUGGGCUGCCCAGGUUCAUGUUCAUGGUAUGUCAGCGGGGAGCUGGCGGCAGAGAAGGUGACGGGGAGCAAAGGAGAAAGAACAACGGGAGCAUUUUGAAAUGAUGCUUUAAGCACUAUAAUCUUGGUCAUAAAAAUGUGAUGUCAAUGCUGAGAAAUCUGGCAUUUUGUGGAGUAUGAUGUAAAAGGUUGUUUUAUUUAAUCCAAAUAAUCUGAGCAAGACACACAUAUAUAAUUUAUUAAAAACACAUUAGAAUCUCACUAUUUCCAACAGCCUAAAUUCUAGCAACAUAUACAAAUAUCAAGUGACUACAGUACAUGCCGAGGUAAGAAAAUACAUUCUGGGAGAAUAUAACUGACAGACAGUCAAGCCAUUUUCACUUCCUCUGUAUUGCAAUACAUGUUUUAUUUUUACCAUUCCCAGUGCCAAAAGUGGAAAACAAGGGAAAAUACACACAGGCUGGACUACAUAAGAAUUGGUGCCAUAGUCAACUUAAACAUUCUCUAACUCUCUAACCACCCAACCCCCUAGGUUUGCAGUUUAGGGACUUUUCAAGUUCAAAACCAAAAGGCAGAAUUAACAGCCCCUACACAGAGGGUCUGGACACCAUCGGUGUCCCUCAUGGUCUCUGGGUUCUUUCUAGUGGGCUUGUCUGCUUUAGUUCUCUACUCCCCAGGUGACAAUGUGGAGCCAAGGCAAAGAAGCUCUCGCUCAAUCCCUGACCACAGCUCUGUGGCCACAACCAUAUUUAAUGCUUUGUCGCUGGGACAGGGAGAGGAGAAGCACACACGUAGAACACAUCAUAACCGUCAUGACUGUAUAAAUUCUCUAAGUGAACAGCGAAUAAACCCAUUGUUCAAU